ACCAAAAAAACACACAUGCACAUCAUGCAGGGUCACAGAAUGUGGAGCAAAUCCAAAAGACAAUCCCUCAACAUUCUUCUGAUUCUCCACCACCCGAAAUAUCUCUGUCGCCGGAAACAACCCGAAACACUGGCCAUUGUGACCGAGAAAUGGGGGAUUCCGAACCGAGCAGCCUCUGGGAUGUUGUGAUAAUGCAGACCAAGGAGGCUCAAGAAAAGGGUAGUGAUCCUCUUCUUUGGUCGAUUGAAGUCUCGUCGAAUUUGGCCUCUGCCGGGGUGUCCCUGCCAUCUAUAGAGCUCGCCGACGUUUUGGUUUCACAUAUUUGUUGGGAAAACAACGUGCCGAUUAUGUGGAAGUUUCUUGAGAAGGCCUUGGUUUUCAACAUGGUGCCCUCCAUGCUUGUUCUUGCUUUGCUUUCUUCCAGGGUUAUUCCGAAUCGACGUGUCCAGCCAAUAGCAUAUAGGCUUUACAUGGAGCUCCUCAAGAGACAUGCCUUUUCCCUCAGAUCUCAAAUAAAAGGGCCUAGUUAUCAACAGGUUAUGAUAUCAAUAGAUACUAUUCUUAAUUUGUCCCAGACAUUUGGGUUGCAAACAACCGAAGCUGGGACUACUGUGGUUGCGUUCAUCUUCUCAACCGUGUGGCAGUUGCUCGAUUCAUCGUUAGACGAUGAGGGGUUACUGGAACUUGCUCCGGGAAAGAAGUCCAUAUGGCCAACUAAACCCCAAGACAUGGACAUAGACGGUCUCGAAAAUCAUCAUGAGGAGCGGAAUGAACAAUAUGAGAGAUUGCAGAGUCGUAACACUGUGAUGGCCAUUGAGUUAAUCGCUGAGUUUCUGCAAAAUGUAUUGACUUCCAAGGUUCUUAACUUGGCGAAACGAAACAUGCUUCAACACUGGGAAGCUUUUGUUAAGCGGAUGAAACUGCUUGCCGAAAAAUCAUUGGCGUUGAAAAAUACCAAACUUACUAGUCCUGAGGAACUUCUGAAGUUGGCUUCAAACAUUUGCAUGAGCUCGCAAAAAUCCAAAUUGCGCUCGGUGCAUAAGUGCCAUUCGAUUAUGGAUUCUUCGGAUGGAAUAUGCCAUGGAACCGGUCGCUCAACCAUAUGGCUUCCCCUUGAUCUGGUGCUAGAAGAUGCCCUAAAUGCUACACAGAUCAAUGCCACAAGUUCCAUUGAGGUUAUCACCGGUUUGAUGAAGGUCCUUCAAGCCGUAAACUGUGCAACUUGGCAUGACACCUUCUUAGGCCUAUGGAUUGCAGCACUUCGUCUAGUCCAAAGGGAAAGGGAGCCUCUUGAGUCCCCUUUUCCUCACUUAGAGUCCCGCUUAUGCAUGUUGCUCUCUAUCACCACUCUUGUGGUUGCUGGCCUUAUCGAAGAAGAUGAAAGCGCGAAGGUGGACACGACAGAAUACAGCUUCGCCAAUCACUCGAGAAAACAAAAGGUGACAGGGAAGUCGCGCGAUGAUUUAGUUUCCAGCUUACAAAUGCUGGGAAAUUUCAUAGGACUGCUGGCUCCCCCUCGUUCUGUUGUUUCUGCAGCAAACCGGGCUGCUGCGAAAGCAAUGAUCUUCAUCUCAGGGACGAGGGUUGAAAAUGCACCAUUGGAUUUCAUUGGCACGAACGACAGCUCGACGGAUUGCUCAGGAAACAUGCGACAUCUGAUAGUCGAGGCUUGCAUAGCAAGAAAUCUAAUAGACACGUCGGCAUAUUUCUGGCCGGGCUAUGUGAAAGGAGGCAUCAAUGAAAUGCCUUCUAAUAUACCUACUGAUAAAGUUCCUGGGUGGUCCUCACUGAUGCAGGGGGCAGAACUUACUCCAUUGUUGACAAAGGAAUUGGUUUCAAUUCCUGCACCAAGUUUAACAGAACUGGAGAAAAUACAUGAGAUAGCCAUCAACGGAUCAGAUUCUGAGAAAAUAUCAGCAGUUACCAUUCUUUGUGGGGCCUCCCUGAAUCAGGGUUGGAAUAUACAAGAACACACUGCCCAUUUUAUUAUUAGGUUGUUGUCUCCUCCAUGUCCUGCAAAUUAUUCCGGCAGCGGCAGCCAUCUGAUCGGUUAUGCUCCGUUUCUGAAUGCCCUUGUUGUCGGGAUAUCGUCCAUUGACUGCAUCAAGAUUUUCUCACUACUUGGCAUGGUUCCACAACUAGCAUGCUCAGUGAUGGCGAUCUGUGAGAUUUUUGGGUCAUGUGUACCUAAUGAAACUUGGAGUAGCACAGCAGGGACAGAAACCUCUGCUCAUGCUGUGUUUUCUAAUGGAUUCACUCUUAUUUUGAAACUGUGGAGGUUUAAUCAUUGCUUUUCAGACCAACUAGGAUACGUUCCAACUGUUCAACCCAACCUUACUCCCGAAUACUUUCUGUUAGUACGAAACUCCCACCUAGUAUCCUCUGAAAAGGUCCGCCAGGAUCCUGAGAAAAGGAGACUUGCAGCAGUUUCAAGCUCAUCAUCUGCACACCCCAUCUUCAUUGAUUCAUUCCCGAAAUUAAAAGCCUGGUACAUGCAGCAUAAUGCUUGCAUAGCUUCCACCCUCCCUGGACUCGCCCAUGGAAACCCUGUUCAUCGCCAUGUUGAUGAGCUUUUAAACAUGAUGUUCAAAGACAAAGAACAAGGAAUAGAUUCUAAUGCUUCUGUUAGUGGUAGUCCGUCUAAAGAAGCAGACGAAGAUACUUAUUUAAGAAACUCUGCAGCUUGGGAUAUUCUGGCAGCUGUUCCGUUUGUAGCUGAUGCUGCUUUAACAGCUUGUAACCAUGGGAGACUCACUCCCCGAAAACUGGCGACAGGGCUUAAAGUCUUGGUUGACUUUCUUCCUGCAUCUUUGGGAACCAUUGUGAGCUACUUAUCAGCUGAAAUACGAAGGGGUGUUUGGAAACCAGCUUAUAUGAACGGAACAGAUUGGCCCUGUCCUGAUGCAAAUCUGCCAAAUAUUGUGGAGAAGAUUAAAAUAAUUGUAGCUGCCACUUCUGUUGACGUCCCAAGCACUGCUCCUUCAGGAAACUGUCAAGCUACAUUACCGUUGCCACUGGCUGCCUUAGUAAGCCUUACUAUAACGUACAAAACUGACAGAGAUUCAAAAAGAUACCUCGAUUUAUGCACCGUGGCCAUGGCCUCCAUUGCAGCUGGUUGCCCCUGGCCCUGCAUGCCAAUUGUUUUUUCACUCUGGACCCAGAAAGCAAAGCGUUGGGGCAACCACUUUGUCUUCUCUGCAUCUCGUGCUGUCUUCCUCCAACACCCCAAUGCUCUGAUCCAGGUUCUUAAGAGCUGCUUCACUGCAACACUUGGCUUGGAUUCCUCUCCUCUCUCAUACAACGGAGGUAUUGGAGCUCUUCUUGCCCAUGGAAUUGGAUCUCAAAUCCAUGGAAGGGUUUCUCCUGUUGCCCCUGGGAUCCUCUAUCUACAUGUUUAUCCAUAUUUAUCGGACAUUGUCUUCUUGAAUAAAGAGAUUGUUUCCCUCAUGAUGUAUUCUGUGAGAGAGAUAACAGGAAGACAGGUUCCUACCGAGAGAUGCAAGAGACUGAAGGCAGCAAAGAAUGCAAUGAUAAAAGGACAAUAUCACAUGGCUUCAAACCUCACUCGGGGUAAACUUAUGGCUUCACUUGCGGCUUCUUUAGUAUGGUUAUCUGGAGGCUUAGAUCUGGUUCAGUCAUUGUUUAAAGAAUUUCUGCCUUCAUGGUUUGUAUCUAUCCACAGUUUCAGACAGGAUGGAGAAUCAAACGGAGAUGCAUGGUUAAGGGGUUAUGUGCUUGCUUACUUUGCAUCACUGUGUGGAGGCUUUGUAUGGGGUAUUGACUCAUCAUCCUGGGGAUCCAAGCGGCGUCCAAAGAUUCUUGGAACCCACAUGGAAUUUCUUGCAAGUGCACUAGAUGGUCAGAUAUCUCUUGGCUGUGACCAGAUCACCUGGCGCGCGUAUGUCUUGGGAUUCAUUAGCCUCAUGGUGGUUUGCAUGCCGACUUGGAUGCUGGACGUUGAUGUAGAUGCCUUGAAGAGAAUCAGUAAGCGGCUGAGACAGUGGAAUGAGGAGGAGCUUGCUCUAGAUUUGCUGGGGAUUGGUGGUGUUGAUUUCAUGGGUGCAGCUGCAGAAAUGAUAAUUGAAAGCGAGCCGUAAUUUAU